UCACGACCCGCCUCAGCAAAACACGAAAACGUACUGCGUCGUUUGUUGACUAGCCCUGAGACGUAAAUUCUUUGUCGUUCACCAUUUUAACUUUUUAGUCAAGUUACCCGCUUUGUGCGCUUUUCCCAAACUGUCAAACAAAGAAUUAUCUACCAUUAUGAAGUGGCAAUAUAAGGAAGAGCACCCUUUCGAAAAACGAAGGGCUGAGGGCGAGAAAAUUCGUCGAAAAUAUCCUGAUCGAGUCCCUGUCAUUGUUGAAAAAGCUCCAAAGGCAAGAAUUGGAGAUUUGGAUAAGAAGAAAUACUUGGUUCCAUCAGACCUCACUGUUGGCCAAUUUUACUUCUUGAUCCGUAAACGAAUCCACCUCAGACCAGAGGAUGCACUUUUUUUCUUUGUCAAUAAUGUUAUUCCUCCGACCUGUGCCACCAUGGGAACUCUGUAUCAGGAACAUCAUGAGGAAGACUAUUUUCUUUACAUAGCCUAUAGUGAUGAAAGUGUCUAUGGAAAUUAACCUUUUUCUUACAGGUGCUUUCCAUUGAAAUGUCAGUGACAUGUUUCCUUAUUUUGAGCACUUUAUAAACCAUUCUGCUGCUCCCUUCUCCACAUUUUCUUGACUAAUAAUCAUACUCCUUUUUUUUUUGUCAAUCUAUGUUUCAGUUUCUACAUGAUGAAUGGGUGUUUGGUCUUUUCGUUUUCGUGUACAGUACAUCUGAGUGUAUGAUACAUCUGUAAUACAGCUACUGGCGUUAGAUACACGAAAGUCAUAUUAG